CAUCCCUCGUGCCACAGGUGGUGCAGGCGUGAAGACGAGCGGUUUGGUGUACCCACCGCUCCCUUUCUUGGGUCGCCUCUGUGGUGCAGAUUGGCUGAUCCAGCCAGAGGGGUAGCCAUGGUCACUACUCUACGGUAUGUAUAGUAGUAUAUUGGGGUAACACGCUGACUAUUGGAAUGGUGUAACGAGUCUCGCAACCGAGUCCCAAGCGAGUCCCAAAGGUCCUGCGGAGGUACUGGUGGUACCCCCCAAGUACCCACUAAUGCUCCCCAAUGUACUGCAAACUGUGCGUGGGAGUCCUUGAUGCUCCAAUCACAAGCAGACAUGGAUCCUCCCGACAGCCAUUACACAAACCCCUCCCUUUUCGGCAUAGUACCUUUCCCGAGAUUAUGGAUGACCUUCUCCACCACUUUUUUGACAUUUAUCGUAAAGCGCCACUUUCUCGUUUAACGUCUGGGUGAAUGCUGCUCCCCGCGAAUCAUCUCCUCUUCCAGAUCAUGUUGUGAGAGUCCACGAUAUUUUCUACCCAAGUUGUCGGGACACUUUUUCAUCUUCAUCCCAGAGUUUUUGCAACCCGAAAUCUACGUCCCCAAGAUGUCCUCGCUCUUGGAUCUGCAGAUGCACUGGUAUACCGCCGUGGCCGUUGCUGUCGUACUAUACAUCAUCGGUGGUAUUGUGUAUCGUUUACACUUUAGUCCUAUUGCAAAAUUUCCGGGUCCUCGCCUGGCUGCCGCGACCGUUCUUUACGAAGCUUAUUAUGAUGUGAUCAAGCAAGGUCAAUAUACGUUCAAGAUCCAGGAGCUUCACAAGACAUAUGGUUGGUGAAGUAAUUAAGCAUCGAGUAAGUUUCAAUAUACUGAUGAAGAAAAGGUCCAAUCAUUCGCAUCAGUCCCCAUGAACUUCAUAUCGAUGAUCCCGAGUACUACGAGGAACUCAUGUCCAGAAAUUCCCCGCGAGACAAAUACAAAUACUAUGUCGACCAAUUCGGAAUACCAGGCGCAUCAUUCAGUACCAUCAACCAUCGAAUGCAUCGUCUGAGACGGGCACCCAUGAACCCACUAUUCUCAAAGCAAAGCAUCUUCCAACUUGAGCCCAUGGUGCAAAGACUAGUCGAAAAACUUUGCAGCAGGAUAGAUGAAUUCAAGAAAUCAGGCCAGCCAAUGCCAAUGCGCCUCGCUUAUCAAGCUCUAACUACCGACGUUGUGACUGCUUAUGCCCUUAACAAAAGUUGGCAUCACCUUGAUAGUCCGGACUUUUCCCCAGAAUGGGUAGCUACGGUAAAGGCAACUGCUGAGAUGGGAAAUCUCGUCAAACAAGUUCCAUGGCUUAUCAGCUUUUUUAAUGUUCUCCCUGACUUUGUCAUUGAGGCUGUUUUUCCUGGAAUGUUACUUUUGAUUAAUUGGAGAAGAGUGAGUAUGUCUCCAUUUCUGCAACCACGUUUGCUAAUAUUUCACACCAGAGUUUGGCACGACAUAUUCAAGAAAUUAUUGAUACGCAAGACAAACUGGAAGAGAAUGAACAUGGCUUACCCCGCACCAUCUUCCACUCACUUCUACAAAGCAACGUACCAGAAGAGGAGAAGAGCUUGCAGAGAUUGGUUGAGGAAGGUCAAUUAGUGGUAGGAGCUGGAGCAGAUACGACUGCACAUGCUUUGACGCAAACUACCUUUCACGUACUUGAUAACCCCGAGGUAUUAGUAAAGUUGCAACAAGAACUUCAAAAAGCUAUGCCUGACCCGUCAGAGCCUGUCAUACUUUCCAUUGUCGAGAAUCUCCCAUAUUUGGUGAGUCAUCUAUUCAAAAUAUCUUCAAUUUUAAAAGCUAAUAUCUUCAAGUCCGCAAUAGUCAAUGAAGGACUAAGGUGAACGUUUCUCCUACCCCCCCCCCACUUCAUUCCAAAAGCCAGAAAAACAUAAACCACCAACUAACACCUCAUAAGACUCUCCUACGGUCUCCCCACCCGUCUCGCCCGCAUCUCACCCAACGCCCCCCUCCACUUCCAAGACUGGACCAUCCCAGCUGGCGUUCGUAACUCAUCUCAUCCAUCCACAUCUAGCAAAGCUAACACGAACACCAGACACCCGUAGGCAUGACAUCGGUAAUGAUGCACCACAACGAACGCAUCUUCCCCAACUCCCACGCUUUCCUCCCGGAACGUUGGUUCGAGCAACCAGAUGGCGGACGAGCACUGGAGAAAUACUUGGUUUCCUUUAGCAAAGGUAGUCGACAGUGUAUCGGUAUCAAGUAUGCCCCCCCUUAUCCCCUACUCAUCUCCCUCUGCGACCCCAAGCAAUGUUCAGGUUUUUACUAACAAUGCCUGCCGGUAGUCUCGCCAAAGCAGAGCUCUUCCUCGCCCUCGCCACCAUAUUCCGUCGCUACGAACCUUCCCUCUUCGACGCUGUCCGUGAAAGAGAUGUUGAUCUUAAACAUGAUAAUUUUCUGCCGCAGCCUAGUUUGCAGAGUCGACCUAUUAGGGUGGUUUUUAGAUGAGGGGGUUUUAUUUCGUUUGCUUGUUUGAUGACCCACCCUCUUCUUUUUUGAGGAGUUAUGUGGAGUUUUCCUGGAAUCGUUUGGUUGGGAAUUGCUGUUGUAUGGUGACUUAGAUCGGCAGAGAGGGGGAACAAGGGGGCAAGGGAGGGAGAGAGAGAGGUGGUUAUGAGUUUUCUUGUUUUUAAGAAAUUGGGUGGUUUAGAGAAUGGAUGGGCGUGUAGGUUAUCUUACACAGAUUCGAGAUUGGUGCUGGAGAAGGGGUAGGAUGGUAGCGCUGUAUUUGAUCUGGUCUGGCAUAAGUGAGCCUAGUUUGGACAAUUAGAGAGGCUUCAUCAUAACCCAUGAGGACCUUCACACUUUCUCUCCUCUCUCUCUUUCUUGUUCUCCUACU